AUGUUUGUGGCUCGACUCUCCACCAAGGAUAGUGAUAGGGAGUCCAAAAGGUCUAAGAAGGGGAACUCACCUGUGUUGAGAUUCUCAGACGAGGAUAAGAUUGGAACCAUCCAACCUCACGAUGAUGCUUUGGUAGUUAUGCUUAGGAUUGGAGGAUUCGACGUGAAGAGAGUAUUGGUAGACCCGGGCAGUGCUGUGGAAGUGAUGUACCCUGACCUGUAUAAGGAGCUGAACCUAAAGUCCGAGGACCUAAUGGCGUACGACUCCCCUCUUGUAAGUUUCGAAGGAAAGACUGUCACACCAAAAGGACAGAUCAAACUGCCCAUACAGAUCGGAUCAGAGGUAGUGGAGGUGGAUUUUAUCGUGGUCGACGCCUACUCACCAUACACGGCCAUAGUAGCCAGACAUUGGCUCCACACCCUGGGAGUUGUUUCUUCUACGCUUCACCAGAAAGUAAAAUACCUGUCAGAGGGCCAAGUGGAGGAGAUUGGGGGAAAUCAAGCCAUGGCUAGGCAAUGCAUGGUGGCUGCCAUCUCAUGCCUAUCUAGUGCAAAACCCUCGGCAUCUCUCGAAACUACCUUUCCAAGAGAGGGGGGAAUUGAUUGGUUUCUGAGAAGAAAUGUUGACGUAUUUGCAUGGGACUCCUACGAUGCCCCAGGGGUUGAUUCGAAUAUCAUUUGCCACUACCUAAAUGUUAACCCAUCCUUUAUUCCCAAAAAGCAACCACCCCGGCGCCCAUCGAAAGAGCAUGCCAACACUGUUAGGGAUGAAGUGAUGAAGCUGAAAAAGGCAGGGGCUAUCAAAGAAAUCUUUUACCCUGAGUGGUUGGCAAACACAGUGGUGGUGAAAAAGAAAACCAGGAAGUGGAGAGUCUGCGUAGACUUCACAGACUUGAACAAGGCGUGCCCAAAAGACCCGUUCCCGAUGCCUCGGAUAGACCGGUUGGUAGACGCAACCGUAGGCCACCCUUGA